GUCCCUAGGGGGCCUCGGCUUCCGGCCGCGUGCGCCCGGGGGCUCCGCGCAGGCGCGGCCAUGCCGGCGGUGCUGGGCCUGGAGGGCAGCGCCAACAAGGUCGGCGUGGGGGUGGUGCGCGAUGGCGCGGUGCUGGCGAACCCGCGGCGGACCUACGUCACGCCCCCGGGCACAGGGUUCCUUCCAGGGGAUACUGCUAGGCAUCACCGGGCGGUUAUCCUGGACCUGCUACAGGAGGCGCUCACAGAGGCUGGACUGACAUCCCAGGAGAUCGACUGCAUUGCCUACACCAAAGGCCCUGGCAUGGGUGCCCCGCUGGUUUCCGUGGCUGUUGUGGCCCGUACUGUGGCCCAGCUGUGGAACAAGCCAUUGCUGGGCGUCAACCACUGUAUAGGCCACAUUGAGAUGGGUCGCCUCAUCACCGGAGCCACCAGCCCGACUGUGCUAUAUGUCAGCGGAGGAAACACGCAGGUGAUCGCAUACUCAGAACGUCGCUACCGCAUCUUUGGGGAAACCAUCGACAUCGCCGUGGGGAAUUGUCUGGAUCGUUUUGCUCGAGUGCUGAAGAUUUCCAAUGACCCAAGUCCAGGCUACAAUAUCGAGCAGAUGGCAAAGCGAGGCAAGAAGCUGGUUGAGCUGCCCUAUACCGUAAAGGGGAUGGAUGUCUCGUUCUCGGGGAUCCUGUCUUUCAUAGAGGAUGCCGCCCAGCGCAUGCUGGCCACAGGCGAGUGCACGCCUGAGGAUUUGUGUUUCUCUCUGCAGGAGACUGUGUUUGCCAUGCUGGUCGAGAUCACAGAGCGAGCUAUGGCACAUUGCGGCUCCCAGGAGGCCCUCAUCGUGGGAGGUGUGGGCUGUAAUUUGAGGCUACAGGAGAUGAUGGAGACCAUGUGCCAGGAACGUGGGGCCCGGCUUUUUGCCACAGACGAGAGAUUUUGCAUUGACAACGGGGCCAUGAUAGCCCAGGCCGGCUGGGAGAUGUUUCGGGCAGGGCACAGGACCCCCCUCAGUGACUCUGGGAUCACGCAGAGGUACCGGACAGAUGAAGUGGAAGUGACCUGGAGGGACUAACAGGGAGCAGAUAGCAGCCUCUGGGAGCCUGCGGGAGCCGGGCCUGCUCUCCAUCCCGGCCUGGGUGCUCCUGGCCCACAUCAUCUGAACCUCAAGUUGACUCCGCAAUAAAAUAGUUCUGGUUUUGUAUGUUAGUAACUGGCUCGUGUGAACGAGGAGUGAUCUGGAGUCGGCACCGGCUAAACUCUUGUUGGGCCGUGUGGACAGGGAGGAAGGAGGGCCAGAGCAGGGCCGCGGCUGCGUGCACAGGGGUGCGGCUGGGGAGCUCAGGGGGGAGGGCCAGAGCAGGGGUGUGGCUGGGGAGCUCAGUGGGGAGGGCUAGAGCAGGGGUGCGGCUCGGGAGCUCGGCCUGAGGCUCUGUCCUCUGAGAGCCGUAACUGUGGUGCCCUAACCGGCAGCCAGUUGUGCCCUGCUCUGGGCUGCCUGAUUGUGUUGCUCACGGCGCUGUGCUGCUGUAGGAGCCCAGAACUCCCGCGGGGGCAGCCUGAGCCAGCUGGCACGCUACUGGCUUGUGCCUCCAGCAGGACUGUGCUCCCAGCACCCACGUGCAGGCCUGCGGGGUCCCCCGAGCCCCUGGCUGCUGGCUCACGGGUCCUCCUGCCCUUUACCUCUCCUGUCCAUCACAAGUCCCCAGUGACCGCGUCCCCUCCUAGUGCUGCGCUCCAGUGACCCUUCUCUCCACCCCUUCUUCCUCCUGGAAUCCUGUGCAACCUGGAGCUAUGAGCUGGCAAUCAGUAAAGUCAUCUCUUUUCUCCA